AUGCUCAGGACCCUCAGGCUGAUCCUGCUGGCGAUGCUCAGUGCUGCGGGCCCGAGCCAGGCCAGCGGCUUCACAGAAAAAGGCCUCUCCUUGUUGAGCUACCAGCUGUGCAACUAUCAAGUGACCCAAAAUGUCCAGAAGGUGGUGUCCUUCCAGAUGUCUUCUAUGAUCUACACUUCCUGCGGCGGGUGGAUUCCUUGGCAGCGGUGUUCCAAGACUGUUUACAGAACACAGUACCUGACUAUGGGGGUCCCCGAGACCAGGAACGUGACUGACUGCUGCCAGGGGUACGAGCAGCUGGGCCUCUACUGCGUCCUGCCCCUGAACCGAUCCAGGGAGUUUGCGUCAAAGCCUGGUGUCUGCCAGACAGUGGGACAGGGACUCUCCACCUCACCCUGCACCUUGGAUACAGACUGCCCUGGAUUUCAGAAGUGCUGCCACUUGUCCAGGGGCCACCGCUGCAUGGACCCUGCACCCCCAGCUCUGGAGAGGAACCUGUCAAAUUUUUGGUACAAUGUGACCGUGCUGGUGAAAAUGGACUUCAAGGAGCUCAAUCACGUGGACCCCCAGCUCCUGAACCACAUGAGGCUCCUGUACUCCAUGGUCACGAGUGCACUGCAGCCGCUGGACUCCACUGUCCACCACUUGCACUCAGCCGGUGGAGACCCCUCCACCACAGUGUCACGGCUGCUGCUGGGUCUGACUCGGCCGCUGCCUGUAGCCAACAUCUCCACAGUGCUGGAUGACAUCGUGCGGCGUGUAUACGAAGUGAUCAACAUUCAAGUUCAAGAUGUAAAUGAAUGCCUCUUUGAUGAACUUAAUACUUGUUCUGGAAGGGAAUGCUGUUUAAACAUGGAGGGCUCAUACCAAUGUGUCUGUCACCAGGAGUCCCCAAGCUCAUCAUCCCUGAAGCCAAACCACACAUGUGAAGACUGUCCUCCUAUCUGGAACUACAUGACCUUCAAUGUCACCAGCAGCAGUUUUCAAGUGUCUUGGAGUUUAAAUUCCACCCGGAACCACACUUUCCAAGUCCAGGUUUACAAGGGUCAAGAGUUAGUCAGAAGUGCCAGGACCAGAGAGACGACCUUGGAGGUGGUGGGGCUGGAGGCCGGAGUUCUGUACGGGGUAAAGAUCAGUUACCAGGAAUGUGGGCCCAACGCCACCGCCACGCUGACUUUAAGAACAGAUGCCCAGGUAUUUGAAGUCGUCAUAAGGAUUAUCAACCGCAACUUCACGGAAAAGCUACGCAACCGCAGCAGUGUGGAAUACCAGGAGUUUUCUAGACAAUUGCUGCAGGAGGUUGAAAACUCUUUCCCUCCGGCUGUUUCUAACUUGCACAGAAGUGGGAAGCUUCGGGUGGAGAUUGUAUCUCUCCGAGCUGGAAGUGUGGUUGUGAAGCUCAGACUCACAGUGCAAGAUCCUGAGUUCCCAGUGUCUAUUUCCACGCUCACGCCCAUGCUCCAACCACUGUUUGCAAGCACAGUAUUCCAAGUCGACCAACAGGGGACACUAGUGCAAGAUUGGGACGAGUGUGCAGACAGCCGGGAGAAUGACUGUUCGGCUGCCGCCCAGUGCCUCAACCUGGAGGGCUCCUACACCUGCCAGUGCCUGACAAGCAGAGACAUCAACCCCUCCCGGGUGGGCCGGACCUGUGAGGUUCCUGUCCCCAUCAAAAGGAUCAUGAUCCACAAUGUGACCAGCACCAGCUUCCAUGUGGUUUGGGAGGCAGACCUUACCCUGCGCCCCACUUUCCAGUUCACUCUGACUUCUAUGCAAAACCACACCUUAGACUUUGAGGUCCAGAACACAAGUCUGAUGCUGUUGGGACUGGAGCCUGGCGUCUUGUACAAGGUUGUAAUAGCAGAUAAAGCAUGUGGAAAAGAAAGUGCCAAGGUGCACUUGAAAGUCAGGACAGCGGCCCAGAAACUCAGUGGAAAAGCUCGAAUAGCAAACAUCAAGUAUUCAGAAGACUUCCGUAACGUGAGCAGCAAGGAGUACCAGGACUUCCUAGAACACUUUUUUAGGAUGGUGCAGAGUGCCUUACCAGCCCCCAUACUUCAGCUCAUGAACCAGGAUGGAAUUCAGAUGGAAAUCACUGACAUCAGCAACGGCAGCGUGGUGGUGACAUUCAACCUACUGAUCAUUGCAGAUGUGGACACCCAGGAGGUGUCAGAUGCAUUCCUCACCGCCUUACAGAACAUGUCUCUGCUGGAGGUGGUCAGAGACGAGACCUUCAUCCAAGAUUAUGAUGAGUGUGAAAGAGGUGAAGACGACUGUGUGCCGGGGGCCUCCUGUCAUAACACACUUGGGUCUUUCACGUGCAGCUGCACAGAAGGGACCCCUGAUUUCCAGGUCGAAUACCCUGGGAGACCCUGUGAAGGUAAAGCUCCCGGGUAUUCUCUGGCCUCUGACCCAGAGCAGCCUCCCACCUCCCCAGACAUCAGCGCUCCCCUCACCACCGGAAGCCUGCCCCAGCGAAUGAACCUAACGGGGGCAGUCAUGGUGCUCUGUGAGAUUGAGAAGGUGACCAUCGCCAUCCAGAAGCACUUCCUGCAGCAGGAGUCCAUCCCGGAGUCCUCCUUGUACCUGGGAGAGCCUGCCUGCAACGUGACCUACAGCAACACCACCCACGUGCUCCUGGCGGCCGGCUGGAGCGAGUGUGGGACCGCCGUGCAGAGUAACAUGACCAACACAGUGGUGAGGACCACGCUGCGCAAUGAUCUGUGCCCAGAGGGCAUCAUCCACUACCUGAAGAUCCUGAGCCCUAUCCACUGCGCCUUCCAGAACGACCUCCUGACAUCAUCGGGGUACACCCCAGAAUGGGGGGUCUAUACCAUCAUUGAGGACCUCCAUGGAGCUGGAAACUUUGUCACUGAAAUGCAGUUAUUUAUCGGAGAUUCUCCUAUACCUCAAAAUUAUAGUGUGUCUGCCAGCGAUGACAUCAAGAUUGAAGUAGGGCUCUAUAGACAAAAAAGUGACCUCAAGGUGGUUCUGACUGAAUGCUGGGCAACCCCAUCUAGCAACGCCAGGGACCCAGUGACAUUCGGCUUCAUUAAUAACAGCUGUCCCAUUCCCAACACAUACACCAGUGUCAUAGAGAAUGGAGACUCCAACAAGGCCCAGCUGAAGCUGAAGAUCUUUUCCUUCAUCAACAAUUCUAUCGUCUAUCUGCAUUGCAAACUUCGCAUCUGCAUGGAAUCACCUGAUGCUACAUGCAAAAUAAAUUGUCAUGAUUUCCGGGCACUGAGAAAUAGUGAAGCAUUUGCCACACAUCAGACAUCCUGGGGACCCCUGAUUCGGUCUGAAGGUGACUCUGCAGGUGGACAUCCAGAACUAGGAGUGGUCUACCUGGUUCUCAUUGUGGUGGCCGUGUUUGCCUUGGUGACAGGCAUUGCUGCCAUUCUGAUCAUGCGCUACCAGAGGAUGACCGGGAGAUACAACUUCAAAAUCCAGUCUGACAACUUCAGCUACCAGGUGUUCUAUGAUUGA